AGCCUCUUUAAAAUUCAAAGAUUUUGAUGAACAAAUAUCUUGAUUAUUUAUUACUUCAUUUGAAUCAUGAACUUGAUAAUGCUACAUUUGGGAAAUGCUUAAUGGUUCUUCUUUUUUCCCCCUUGUUUUAAACAGAGAAUUUCUUUCAAGAUCUGGGCCAGGCUUGAAGAACUGUAAGGAAAAUCCAGUCCAAAUCAAUAACCCAUCUUAGCCCAUGAUGAACUCAACCAAUUCCCAUCAAGGGCCUCAUUGCAGUCCACACGGAAGACUCAAAAAGAGGAAAGUUCUAAAAAAGUUUCCCACCAUAGCAGGGCAUUUUGAAGGUCGAUCGACUCUUACUGGUAAAAGGAAAAAGCUUGUUGAGCAUCCUAGGCCCUGUGAAUGGAUUCAAGACAACCUUCAACUCUUAAGUGCUGCAUAUUGUGAACACAAGGCCAAGUACGACGACAAGCUUCACGGUUCGAUGUCGAUAUCCCGAAGGAUUCUACUUAGGGGUGCUGAUUCAAAGAUUGGCUCAGAAAACUUGCCCUCCUCAUCUUUUAAGUUCCAGAAAAUCAAGUUCAUAGGAUUUUGUAAAGAGUGGAUCAAAGACCCUUCGAACAUUGCCCUUCUUUUCUGGACGAUCGGCGUCACGGUUUCAGGAUCGGUCGUCUUUCUUGUAAUGACUGGAAUGUUAAACAAUCUCCUGCCAACUAAAUCACAAAGAGAGAUUUGGUUUGAAGUUAAUAACCAAAUCUUGACUGCUCUCUUCACUCUGAUGUGUUUGUAUCAUCAUCCUAAGAGGAUUCAUCAUAUGAUACUUUUAUGUAGGUGGAAACCAGGUGAUAUCCUUAUACUUAGAGAAAUAUAUUGCAAAAAUGGAACUUAUAAGCCACAUGAAAGGAAACACAUGACGGUAUUGCUUGUGUUGCUUCAUAUGAACUGCUUUGCCCAAUAUGCUUUAUCUGGCCUUAAUUUGAGCCAUAAGAAGCCUCAAAGAUCAGUUUUCGGAGUUUCGGUCUGCCUUACUGUUGCACUCUUGACUGCUGCUGCUGCUAGUUUAUACGCCAUUUUCAGUCCACUUGGGAAGGAGUACGACCACGGCGACGAUGAGGAAAGUCCAAACCGGAUCAAUGAUGGCGAUUUGUUUGUGUCAAGAAUUGUUGACAAGCCUCAAUGGAGAGGUGGACUGUUCCAUUUCCUUGAUGACAUUAGAACAGCUUGCCUUUCCGUCUUCUGCAGCUUCUGCUUGUUUGGAUGGAACAUGGAACGGUUAGGAUUCGGGAACAUGUACGUUCAUGCUGCGACGUUUGUAAUCUUUUGCACUGCCCCACUUUGUUUGUUUGGUUUGGCAGCUAAUAUUGUGGAACCUUGGUAUGCUAAAGUGGCUCUCAGUUUAAUUGGCAUUCUUGUUUCUGUGUUUGGGCUGUUCUAUGGUGGAUACUGGAGGAUUCAAAUGAGGAAACGGUUCGAUAUAACGAAGAACGAGUUGUGUUGGGGGAAACCAAAUGUUGUAGACUGUGCACAAUGGUUGUUCUGCUGCUGCUGCUCUCUUGCUCAGGAGGCUAGGACAGCUGAUUACUAUGAAUUAAUGGAAGACAACCUCGGAAAAAACCGAACGAACGGCAGAGACAAGAACGAAAUCCUGUCGCCAUUACCUCGUGAAGGUGGAACAGUUCAUGAGGAUAGAUCAAACCUGGAUUCAAACAGGUUUUUAGAUGAAACUGAUGGAGUAAACCAGCUUUUGAAGCCCCCUACUCCAUCAUCAAUGCAAAGAGAUGAUUUUGCGCUGACAAUGACCAAAAAUCUUGCAUGAGAACCGGUCAUUGAGUCUAUGAGGAAUUUGAUUAUAAAUUCUAUGAUGUUUUCUCGUACUUUAGUCAUGUUUGAAUUGAACUAAUACAUAAUUUUGUGUGUAUUAUUAUGUGAAUUCAUAGAUAUAUAUGUUCAUUUUCGCUUCUUUAUA